GUGUUGCAUGCUCACAAUGUGACAAAGAUAGAGCGAUUCCAUGCACGAGAGCGAUACAGAGGUGGAGAGGGAACGCAGAGAUCGGGAAUGAGCGCUGAGAGCAGAGCUAAUUGGAGAAAGAUCUGCACAUAAACGUGAGUAAAAGAUUAAAGGUGGAGGGAGAAGGAGAGCGGAGGUUAGCGGGAGGAGGUUGAGGAGGUGAAGGUGGGGAGGAGCAGGUUGCAGGGAGUCAGGAUGAUGGAGCCCAGAAAGAGGGUUUACAGGACAGCUUUUCACGAGCCCUCGCUCUCUGCAGCAGACGCGACUCUGAGCACUGGAGUGUGCUUAAAUUAGCAAAGGGGGACAAGCCAGGACGGGAGGUCUGCAGAGCCUUGGUUCAGCCUCGCUGGAUGCAGCAAGGAAGCUGAUUUAUUACGAAGGGGCUGGGUGGCAGCAUGCUUAUGCGUGUGUGUCUAUGAAUGUGUGUGCGUGCGUGUGUGUGUGUGUGCGCGUGUGUGUGUGUGUGUGUGUGUGUGUGUGUGUGUGUGUGUGUGUGUGUGUGCGUGUGUGUGAGUGUGCAGCACAGUUUUUUUAUGGGUCCUUGUAAGCGCUUGGAGCUUUGGGAGAGACCAUUCCUCCAGUCAUAAAAUGACAUUCAGCAGACAGGAGCUGUGUGUGCUGUUGCGGCUCUGCAGUCCUCAGUAGGAAGUAAGAGAGCGGGAUUCAGGGCUUUUAUCCAGGGCUAGAGGCUUUGUUUACGCUGCUGUGUGCUGAGGUAAGCCGGCUUGGAUCAGCCAAACGCCUCGUGUCCUGAGGUGAGAGUAGCAGAAGAUCUUCGGACGAUGCAAGGACGAGCAGAGAGCAGCACUGAUGGCAGGGAGGCCAAGUGAGGUACCAAGUGGAGCUCCCCGGAGAUAGAGUGGAGAUUGACGACAGGGAAGGAGUGGGGGGGAAGAGAGGGUGAUCAUGCCUGUCAAACAGUGAGCUACAGCAUAUGCUGUAGUGCAGAACAGAGUGGUGCGGCAGGGGAGGACAAGCAUCGCUGCACAAGAAGAGGGAGGGGGGAGAGGAGAGAGGAGGGGGGUGCAAUCAGAUCAGCACCUCUCCACCACCGGGAAGAGAAUCAUAGCACGAGUGGCCUGGAGGAAGCAUAAAAACAUCACCCGAGGCCAGGUGUAGAGGUCAAAAGGGAGUUGGUGAGGCUCACAGAGAGUGCACGGUGAGGUCGGUGCAGUGGGGUCAUAGUGGCUUGGCUGUGCCCCCCUUUGACGACCACCGGGUCCAAGAGGAAGAAAGGUCACCUCCGAGUACAUCGUUUGGUCUGAUCGCCUUGACGCUUCACCAUGGGAGAGUGGACCAUUUUGGAGAGGCUGCUGGAGGCGGCUGUCCAGCAGCACUCUACCAUGAUUGGCAGGUGGCCGGAAAAAGGAGACCAAAGGGAUGUCCGUGUUGCUCUGUUUCUACUGGAUUUGAUCCUGCUAACCGUGGUGGUGAUUUUCCGCAUCCUGAUAGUUGGCAUCGUGGGCGAGAAAGUGUACGAGGACGAGCAGAUCAUGUUCAUCUGCAACACGAUGCAGCCCGGCUGCAACCAGGCUUGUUACGACAAAGCCUUCCCCAUCUCGCACAUCCGCUACUGGGUCUUCCAGAUCAUCUUGGUGUGCACGCCGAGCCUGUGCUUCAUCACCUACUCCGUCCACCAGUCGGCCAAAGCCCGGGACCGCAGCUAUUCCCUCCUGCACCCUUACAUGGACCACCACGGUCACGGUCACCACGGCCGCCAUCACGACCAUCACGCUCGCAAGCUUCACUCCCGCAACAUCAACGGCAUCCUGGUGCACCCUGACAGCAGUAAGGAGGAUCACGACUGCCUGGAGGUCAAGGAGAUCCCCAACGGACCUCGAGGGCUCCCUCCGACGCACAAGAGCGCCAAAGUGCGGCGACAGGAAGGAAUCUCCCGUUUCUACGUCAUCCAGGUGGUUUUCCGCAACGCCCUGGAGAUCGGCUUCUUGGCAGGCCAGUACUUCCUGUACGGCUUCAACGUGCCGGGAAUGUUUGAGUGCGACCGCUACCCGUGCGUGAAGGAGGUGGAGUGUUACGUCUCUCGCCCCACGGAAAAGACCGUGUUCCUGGUCUUCAUGUUUGCGGUCAGCGGCAUUUGCGUGGUGCUCAACCUGGCUGAGCUCAACCACCUCGGCUGGCGCAAGAUAAAGACGGCCAUCCGCGGCGUGCAGGCCCGAAGGAAGUCCAUCUGCGAAGUGCGCAAGAAGGACGUUUCCCACCUGUCUCAGGCCCCCAACCUGGGCAGGACCCAGUCCAGUGAGUCGGCCUACGUCUGACAGAGGCUUCUCCGCCUGGGGUCUUUGACAUUUCGGAGAAGAGGUUUUCUCCUUGGCCCUGGACCCCCCAUGACCUUUGGGGCACAAAAGGUCACCACUGUACUAUGACUUUGAAGGAGCACAGAGAAGAAGAAUCAGCUUCCCACCAUGGACUUUGGUGCUGCUUAAAGCUCCUUCCUAAAAAUGACGGAGCUUUGCACUCUGCCUAGGUGACACUAGGUGCCUUUAAAGAACCCAACAGACAGAAAUGAGCAAUUUCAUAAAAAUAAAAUCAUGUAAAGGAAGGUUGCAAUUGCACUGAGGAAUGCCCCCCUCAUUACUUGCCUUUGUUGUAGCUCAUGAAUAAUGUAAUCCUCUUGAUUUCCUAAAAUGUGCACAUAUGCAAAAGAUGCACGAGUGUCGAGGAAAAAAGCCAAUCGCUCACCGGAGUCGGAAAAUUGAAUUUGAAGAUGAUUUGUAAUGCCGAGAGCGAUUCAUACAUCUCAUUGCCACUCGGCGGACAAACGCUCCACUUUUUUUCCUCAAUGCUCAAACACAAUUUCACACUAAAUAGCACCGAGUAUCCAUGUGCAAACCUUUUCUGAUAAACACUGACGUCACAUGGCUGCUUUUGCCAGUAAUUUGGCAACAUUUUGGUGCUGUGCAAGACGUGGAGUCAGUAAAACACACGUGUGCACUGAUGAUGUGUCCCACACUUACCUCCCAGCACUGUGUAACACACCUCAGUGCUCAGGAUGCUCGCUCGCUAGGCUGGGCGUUUACUUUCAAGAGCAACCGGGAAAGAAAAAAAAAAUGUUGAGAAACGGGUUGGCGUUUCCACUGUGUACGACCACCGUCUGAGGACACAACACAGCCUUUUCAAUUCAACCAUGAAAUAUGUAUAUACGUAUAUGGUUGUCACAUAUUUUAAGUUUAUCCACAAGCAGAUUUGGUGCCGUAUUUUGAAGGUACUGUACAUAUUUGACAUCCAGGAAUUAUUAUUGAUGCGCUUCACUUGGAUUUGGAAACACCAUUUAAGGUGGGAAUGAAGAUGAAUCCGGGAUGACCAGCUUUAAUAAUAUGUAUUAUCAAUGUGCUCUCUGUUCAGCCUUCAUCCUUCCAAUAGAAAGUACAUGUUCCGAAAAGUGUUUCCCCCAUCCCAUGGACUGAAAAAGGCAUGUUCAAGAAGCAUAAAUAGAAUGGAUAGGUUAUGACAUUUAACUUACGAAGACUUUUAUUUAUUUGCAUCCUGCUCCUGUGAAUUGUACUGCGCAUGCGUUACGAUAUUAAGCGAUACAUAGCCUCCCGUCAUGGGAACAUUGAAAGUGAAUAUUUGAAAGGCUCCCGAACUGCAGCAAUAAUAUUAAUAUAUAUUAUAUGAAAAGAAAAUAAGUCAAUAAAUUAUUAUGCAAACAG